AUGUGGGAUGAAUUCGUGGAAAAGAGCAAGAGGAAGUCGGUGUUCUUUGAGAAGGAGCCCCCACAGCCGCGACGCGAGUCUCUUGAGAGAGAACACCUUGAUCCUCUCAUGGACGAAGAAGGCACAAAUGAGACACGCUAUUACAGGAGCGCGGAGUUUCAGCAAGCACUGCUAGAGGACCAAAUCGCACGGAAGCUCACUGAACCAUGCGAGCCCGUCGAGCAGGAGCGGACCGGACGUACAUCUAGAUAUUUGACCAGACGGGGCACUAUGAGGUCUUCCAAGUCAUCUCUGGCCCUGUUCGACCUCGAGGACGCGCGAGCCAGACAGGCGUCGGAAGUGGAAAUUCCAUCACCGCCGCUACCACCAGCGUACGAGCUGGUAGUUCCUCCAAGUCAACCCACGGAAAGCGUCGCGGCUGGCUCUACCGACAGCUCGAAUUCCGAAAGAUCAAGCCGCCCGCGCGGAUUCAGCGUGUAUCUUAUGAAGGGUCUCGCUCCGCUCAUGAGUUUUGCUGCGAGGAAGAAGAACAGCGAAGCGACGUCCUGA